CACACCCACCCACACCCAAGUUCUUUUGUGAUGUGAAGGUGAUUUUCCGAAAUUACGAGGAAAUUUCUUUAUUUUCCUUACGGUUGGUUGAGAAUAGGAUUGCGGUAGCUACGAUAGCAUCUGAUAUUUUCUAAAACUUGCAUUUUGUAGGGUUACAAUUUCCAAAAUAUGAAUAUUUAGCAGAGAAAUUUUCUUUUUCGGAAAUCUGCCCACUGCUGUAGCAGUGCAAAUCAAAAGUUUUUAGACACAUUUGAAAUUUCAGCAAUUUUCGAAAUUUCUGUAAGUACGUCAUUGCGAAAAUUUCAGAAAUUCCGGAAAUUACAUCAUUUUAGGAAGUAACGUGCAAUUGCGAACACAAAUACUUGAAAUCUCCGAAACUGCCGAAAUUUUCUUUUUCGGAGGUCUGAACAUUGCUGCGUUGAAUUGCUUGGGUUCCUUGGGUUCGUUGAUGUUCUGAAUGAUUGUGAUUCAAGCGUCUUUGAGUUUUUAGAGUUCCAUGAGUUCAGAAUUCAUUGAAUCCAACCACAUCUCUGUGACGUUUUCUGUGUAAUCUGUUUUAUUUUAUGUAGUAAAUUUUAACUGCUCUCUUCUCUGUAGAAAGAUAAGUAUGAAAAAAAGAGCGUAUAUAUAUACAUCUCUUGAGUAGAAAGUGACCAGAUGUUUUUAUGCUUUGAGAGACGCGUGUUGUUUUGUAACUUGAAAAACAUAAAGAAAGAAAUCUAACAGCCACUGUAUCGCGAUUCAAAUAUUUACUCUUUCAGAUGUCAAACAAAAAUUCUUCAACGACUAAGAAGCCGUAUACAACAUUCAGAAGGAAUUCGUGUAUAAAAGAGAAUCAUGUGACUACAAAAAGUUCUCCGGUUACAGUGGUAGGCUCAAAUUUAACAGCAGUAUCUAGUCCUAACUCUUCUUCAAAUGCAAAGCCGAUCAUAGAACCUAAAAAUAGCACCAAAUCGAAACUGUCACUAUCACAUAUCGCGAGGUCAAAUGGAAAUGCAGCAACAACUAUCAAUCAAUCACGUAUUAGUGCAGCAACAACUAUCAAUCAAUCACGUAUUAGUGCAGCAACAACUAUCAAUCAAUCACGUAUUAGUGCAGCAACAACGAUCAAUCAAUCACGUAUUAGUGCAGCAACAACUAUCAAUCAAUCACGUAUAAAUACAGCAACAACUGUCGACACACCAGUAGAAAUAGGAAUGCCACGUACUUCGAUAAUUAGAAUCGAACCUUCCGAAAAACUUGAUGCGCGCCGUAUCACUUCUGCAUCUAUGCUUAGGAACCGAGAAAUACCAGAGACACAGAUGCCAUCACUUCAAGCGAAGCUAAUUUUUAUAUGGCUGGAUGAAGAUGUUAACACAAACAGUAUUUAUUUAGCUGCACAAAAGCAAUUGCAGAAGGUGCUUUAUAAACUCUUAGUAUUUAGCAGAUAUGGUGAAUGUAUUCACUAUAUUACUAAUAAUAAAGAUCAACGAUUGAUUGUGAUUGUUUCAUCGAAAUUCGGGGAAAAAGUCAUCUCCAUCGUACAUGAUUUGCCACAAUUGAUCGAAUGUUAUGUCCUGUCAAAGUAUAGCGAAAACGACAAAAAAUGGACACUGAAUUAUGAAAAGGUAUUUAGGAAACUAGAAAGAGAAGUUCACUCAAAAAUUUGAAAACAAAUACAUAUACGAGGAACAUGUAAUCAGUGUAGCAUACACAUUGAUACUAUCUAUCCAGUUAAAGAAUCGCUAUUUCCUAUCAUAGUUUUCGUUUGAUUCGUUACUUAAAGGGUUUAGUUUACGACAAUGUAAAGAACUACCCGAUUUCCAUCGUCACGAUACUGUCUGAUAUGGAUAUAGAUGUAACAAAGAAAGGUAUUUUUAUAAACAAGUAGGAUAUAGGUAACAAGACGGUUUCAUCGAUCGUUUGUCGCUGUACAGAUAGAAUAUUUUUGCAACCAGUGACAAAUACAUUUUUUAUAAGAGAGCCACGAUACGCAGGUAUGGUGUGAAGGGUCGAAGCAGGCAAGGAAAUCCAAAAAUCGGACAAAGAGUGAAAAUUUUUUUCUAUCAUUCAAAAAGAUUCAAAAAUUGGAGAAAGUCGUCUGAUAUGCUUCUUCAAAAUUGGAGAAAAUUGCUGACUAAAAUCUCAAAAAUCGAAGAAAGCUGUCUUCAAAAUCGGAGUAAGGCGACUUCAAAUCCGAAGAAAGCCCCAGCCAAUAUUCUCUGGAGCAUGGGGUGACCUCCUCAUCCUCCUGGUCGUACCACCCCUGACACUACGUCUAUUCAACUAUACUCGAGCCCUGGCUACAGCCACAUCCAUGCGAAAGCAAUAUCCCAGUCACUCAUUCACAAUAACGCGCACACAUCAACCAUUCACAGAGGCAUAUACCAAGUUACACUUCGAGGGUGCUCACAAGUACACCCAUCAGUUCACGCUCAGCCAUAUAUCCACAUACAAUCGAUAUCUAACUUUAUAUUUAGGAUAUGAAAGGCUGAUUUGUCAUGUAUCAAUCAGCAUGUGAGUCACUACCUAUAAAAUACAUGCAUACACAUACACCACCUAACAUGUCGCAUUUGUAUAAGAUCCAGUUCAUAUAAGCCACGACCGACUUCAUAGAAAUCCUGCUCAAUCGAUGUCGGCAGAUUUGGCUCAAUUUAAGAUACGUUGUAGAGGGAAGAGUUUUAUGAAUUUUGACGCAAGCCGAUUCAAAAACUAUUGAUCCCUGGGUCUUUUAUCAGCAUUUUACGAAAAGGCCUAAAAAUCAUCCUAUAUAUAAAUGGGAGUAUUAAUGCAACGAUAUCUCACGAAUAGUUCAACCAAAUGAGCUGAAAUCUUUUAUUGCCAUAUAUAUCAGUGAGGGUGUGAGUGUGGGUGUGGGUGUGGGGUGUGUGGGUGUUGGUGUGGGUGUGGGUGUGAGUGUGGGUGUGGGUGUGGGUGUGGGUGUGGGUGUGGGUGUGGGUGUGGGU